UUUGCUGGAUUAGGAGAGGCAGAGAAAUGGGGGAGGGGAGAUGAGUGGCUAUUCCAGAGCUACAUAAAUAAUUCUCAGCUUCAGACAGGACAGUUUUGCACCUCCUUCCCAGGGGCUGUCACACUGGCAUUCACUGGGAGUAAACUAGGAAGAGCUGGCUCUCGGCCCUUGGAUUUUGACUGGUUUGGGAAGAGGUGCGGCCCAUUUCAGUGGAUCUCUGGAAAAGCUCACCAAGAUGUCAAAUCUGUGCUCAGUCUUUCUCCACCUCCUCCUUCUCUUCAAGUUGAUUGCCCCCAUGACCUUUCACCACCACCGUUAUGACGACCUCGUGCGGAUGCUGUACAAGGUGCACAAUGAAUGCCGUUACAUCACCCGGGUUUACAGCAUCGGACGCAGUGUGAAGGGGAGACACCUCUACGUACUGGAAUUCAGCGACUACCCUGGAAUCCACGAGCCCUUGGAGCCGGAAGUCAAGUAUGUGGCGAACAUGCACGGUGACGAGGUGCUGGGCCGGGAGCUGCUGCUACAGCUGUCGGAGUUCCUGUGCGAGGAGUUCCGCAACGGGAACCAGCGCAUCGUCCGGCUGGUGCAGGACACGCGCAUUCACAUCCUGCCGUCCAUGAACCCAGAUGGCUACGAGGUGGCCGCCGCCCAGGUACUGGGCCUGAGGGCCGGGCUCAGCAGAGGGAAGCCAUCUGAGGAAUAUGUGAAGCCACUGGACAAGGGUCCAGACAUUUCUGGGUAUCUGGUUGGCAGGAACAAUGCAAAUGGAGUGGACCUGAACCGCAACUUCCCCGAUCUCAACACCUACAUCUACUACAAUGAGAAGUAUGGAGGCCCCAACCACCACUUGCCCCUUCCGGACAACUGGAAAAGUCAGGUGGAACCGGAGACCCGGGCCGUGAUCCAGUGGAUCCGCUCUUUCAACUUUGUUCUUUCAGCCAAUCUCCAUGGAGGGGCAGUUGUGGCCAAUUACCCUUAUGACAAGUCCCUUGAGCAUCGGGUCCAAGGUUUCCGCCGCACUGCCAAUACCCCCACGCCUGAUGACAAGCUUUUCCAGAAGCUGGCCAAGGUCUACUCCUAUGCGCAUGGAUGGAUGUACCAAGGUUGGAACUGUGGGGAUUACUUCUCAGAUGGCAUCACCAAUGGGGCUUCCUGGUAUUCUCUCAGCAAGGGAAUGCAAGACUUCAAUUAUCUCCAUACCAACUGUUUUGAGAUCACGCUGGAACUGAGUUGUGACAAAUUUCCCCACCAAGAGGAAUUACAGCGAGAGUGGUUGGGUAAUCGGGAAGCCCUAAUCCAAUUCUUGGAACAGGUGCACCAGGGCAUCAAGGGAAUGGUGCUUGAUGAGAAUUAUAAUAAUCUUGCAGAUGCUGUCAUUUCUGUCGGUGGGAUUAACCAUGAUGUCACUUCAGGUGACCAUGGCGAUUACUUCCGGCUGCUGCUUCCAGGUACCUACAUGGUCACUGCCACAGCUCCUGGCUUUGACCCAGAGACAGUGAGUGUGACCGUAGGUCCUGGGGAACCAAAACAGGUUAACUUCCAGCUCAAGAGAAGCACCCCUCAAGCAGCCCCUGUGAGGAGAGCUCCCAGCUCAGGGCCUGGGGGCAGAGUCUCACCAAAGAAAAGGCGGCCCCAGACAGCUAGGAAACAGGUGGAGAUGGAGCAGCCGCUGAGAGCCCCUGCCUGAAAUCCACAGGGCCUAGAGCAACACUUUUGAAAGGCUUUGUUCCUGCUCCCCCAGCGGAUGAAACAUUCUUUCUAUUUUCUUAUCUGAGACAUAUUUAAAUAUAAACAUAUUUAGAACAAUUCAAAA